AUGUUUCUGCUUGUCACAAUGUACUUAUUAUGGCAUUUUGUCAAAUUAAAAAAACAAUAUAGCAUUUUUAAUAAAAACAGCUCGGGAAAUAAAAAUUUUGACAAAGCUGAAGACGAAGUUGAGCAAUCAAGACCCUUAAACACUGAAAAUAAAAGCAUUGAAGACGAGAAUAUUUCAGAAAAUGGAACAGAAGCACAAAAACAAAGCAAAAAUGACAAUGAAAUAAUGACAAAUAAAAUAAAUAAUGAACAUAAUUUAGAAAAAGAAGCAUUUGUAGGGCGUAGUGCAGCUAAUAAAUCAAAAUUAUCAAACAACGCUAAUAAUUCUCAUGAAGAGGUUAUUUCUUCUAAAUCAAAUUAA